UGUUCUUUCCAGGUAUUGUAAGCAUAAACCUUCUUAUUUCUGCAACCAAUUCAACCAGCCAUGUCAACAAAUUCACUUACUACUCCAAAGGAUGAGACCUUCUCACAUGCCUUCAAUGAAAAUUUAACAGGAAAGAAUUCUUGUCAAAUUAAUAAUAACUUUACAGUGGCUUUGGACAAGCAGAUGGGUAUUGCUCAUUCUGACAAUGAAUUGCAAACAACUAAAAAUCACUCCUUGUCAGAGAGUGCCUUAUUCUCACCAGCAAUAUGUGUUCAUCAAGAUGGCAACUCUUGCAUAUCAGUUCAAGAUAACCAAGGCUUGAACAUGCUAAGCAACUCUUGCAAAGUCAGCCAGCCAUGGAAGGUUAUAAAACAUCUCUCAAGUUCAGAAUUGGAGGAGCUGAGUGUUGCUGAACUACGUCAAAUUCUGGCAACCCUCCUCUCGGCUAGUCAGGGAGCGUCUCUCUGCCUGGUGUCGCUGCUGCAGUCCCGGCACGAGCUGGAAGAGCAAGUCGAGCUCCGCAACAUUGCCAUAGAGCAGCUGCUGCGGCUGGCUGAGAAGCAUGCUUCCCUCUCGUCCUGCCCUUCUUCUCCUGCCAUCACUGGCCGGGGCUGAUCUACAAUGCUUCUCUUACCCUUCUUCUCCAACUGCUCCUCGCCCUCAUCUUGACACUCUUUCUUCUCUUCUUGACAAUCUUUCUUGUCUUCUUGACACUCU